GACAAGCUUUUUAUCCAGAGGAUUUCCGAUAAAAAAAAAUCCUUUUCUUUUUAUUGAGUGUCGUUUUGAGCUCUUUUGUUACCUAAGGUUUAUUAUUUGGAUGAAUAACAACCUUUUUAUUUGGAAUAAUAAUGAAAAACACAAAAUGUGAUGUAAGAUGAGACCAGCCAGUUCAUUAAUAUCAUCACAAGCAUCAUAGAAACACUGCCAGUCUGUACAAUCAAAACAUGCUUUAAGACAGGAAAUACUGUCUUCUGACCAAAUCUUUACUGUUCUCACCUUAGGCUCAAGGCGUCUGAAGGAACGUUUGUACAAGGGCAUCAGAUGCCCCAAAAGCAGGCAUUGACAAGGAUUUAUAAGCACCAGUCAAAGAACCAUAACAAAGAUCAAUCAUGGUUUUUUCGUGUAGUAGUACAACUCACAUAUUGAUCAAAACAAAAAGAGUUUUGUCCAGUUUGCAAUGGUUAAAAUCACCAAGAAUGAACUUGGGAGCAUUUGCUCGCGGGUGUAUGUACACUAUUGUGAAAAAUACCUGUUGAAAUUCACGAGGCAAAUAAUGAGGGCGGAGUGAAAUUGUCAGCAGUUCAAUAUCUGGCGUAUACAUCCUCUCCCGAACCACCACUGUGUUACAGUACCUCUGGUUAACAUAGAAGCACACACCUCCUCCACGGUGCUUGUUAGUUAUCUCAGGAGACCGGUCCAGUCGAAGUGGGCUACUAAACCCACUUAUUAACAGUUCUUCGUCCCGGUCUAAUUCACUAAGCCAUGUUUCAGUAAAGACAUGCUUCCUUCCCUUCAUGUCUGAAUUUAACCCACGCUUCCACUUCAUCCAUCUUAUUUCAGAUAGAUUGCAUGUUGGAAAGAAGGACUAUUGGCAGUGCAGGAAGCUUGCGACGGUCACCGAGACCCAUACUUCUAAGUCUACGAACUUACUUCCUUGGUUUAGAAACUUCCUCACACGAUGGCGGUGGUAGCGCGGCUGAUCUUUGUUCUCUUCAGUUUCGUCUCGAUUACAGAAUCCAGUGAUGUGUUUGGAUUGGUUGGCAGUUCUGUUUAUCUGGACAUACAACAUACUGUACCGACGUUUGAUGACUUUCUCUGGGUUUUUAAUGGAACUAAGAGUGUUCUAAAAUAUUAUACUGAAGGUAAAACAAAGAAACCAUCUACUGCUUAUGAAGGCAGAGUGGAGUUCAAUGAGGAAACCUACAGUCUGACACUGAAGAACUUACAGAAGAAUGAUAGUGGACUGUAUCAAGCAAAAGCAUCUGGUACACAGAAAACAGUUGUUGCUGAGUACAGACUCUCUGUGUUGGAUCCAGUGGAGGCUCCAGUCCUAAAUCACCAGCUAAGCAACGACACCUGUAACAUCACUGUCACCUGUAGAGGUCAUGACUUCUCUAUCAACUCCAGCUGCUAUAGGAAAGCCUGUAAGGAGAAGGCAGUGACAUCACCUGGAGGCAUCACCCUUUCCCUGUCAGUCAAUGGCAGCAGGAUCAUCUGUAACCAUAGCAACCCAGUCAACCACAAGAACAAAGUUUUGGAGAUGACAGAACUUAAACAACACUGUGCUGAUGAAGGAGGACACAAGCCGUCCAACACUAUGCUAUGGCUGGGGAUUGCAGUGGGAUCCAUUCUAUUUGUCAUCAUCAUCAUCAUUACUCUUUUACAUUGUCACCGGAAAAGAUCAACAGGUCCCACACAGUGUGAGAACACAGUCUAUGCAGAAGUCGAGAACAAUGGUGCAACAACACCAACUAUGGCGCUGGAGAGCCCUUCUACUGUGUACAGUUUUGUAGGGAAGAAACCUGCAAGUACAGGACAGUCCAAUCAGACUCCAGUUCCUGAAAAUGAGCAGUCAAUCUCAGCGGAUAUCACUGUUCCUAACACCUAUGAAUCAGUUCCAGAUCAGAUUCAAUUUUCGAAGCCUGAAACCAUUUAUGCUGUAGUUUCAAAACCCAACAAAGCUGUGAAUCAAGCCAAAUUGGAUGAAGCCGCAUCAGGUGUGAGAAAAUAAAGCCACUCUUGAUUUACACAGUUGACUAAGAAGAUUCCGAGUGAUUUCACAGCCUUCUUGUGGGAGUUCACAAAACUGGUAGUGACAAUAUUUUCAGUUUUAAGUUCAGUAAGAAGUCUUUGAUAAUGUAAAUUUCUGCUGGGGUGCUUACAUGGUUUGCAUUAUUAUGUUGGUGCAACGCUAGCUAUAUAUAUAAAUGUGAAACUUGUAGACAUUGACAAUAUCAAUAAUGUUACGUAGUCCAUGUGCAAUGAUAUGUUAAUUUCAACUAGUAAUGGAUAAUUGCAGUUACGGUAUGCUUAAGUACUUUUAUUGUCAAUUUACUUGCACAGUGCAUCAAGCUCUUUUCUUCAUAUAUCCCAGCUUAGAAAGCUGGGGGCAGAGUACAGGGUCAACCAUGAUAUGGUGCCACUGGAGCAGACAGGGUUAAGUUUCUUGCUCAUUGGCCCAAGAAUGUCAACUUAGCAGCACCAUAGUUGUGUAGGGACAGAACUUGUGGCUGGAUGCCACUCUAGCAGUUGACCAAUCAGAACAGAGUGAAGAAGGUAACCAAUCAGAGCACACUGGGCUUUUUUUGGAGCGGGUCUUUAAUGACACAGGAGCUCUAAUAGAGCGUUUCAGACAGAGGGUGAAUGUAGAUGUACAGUAUGAGAAAAUGAAUGUGUUUUUAGGACAUUAAAGCAUGUAAAUCUAUUCUAGUAGAUCACUGCAUUGAAGUCCCUGUAGUUACUGAAGAAUAAGGCUUGGUGUGUAAUAAGCCUGUGAUUUUAAGGGGUUAAAAAUCCCAGGCUUAUUACAUAUCUAUUAGCUACUGCUGACCAGGCCUGCCUACUCUCAUGUCAUGUCACUUAACUGUAGAGUUCCAUCGAGCUUAUCUUAUAUUGCCCUAGGUAAACAAAUAACAGAUGGUAGUCUGAUCAACAAUCCCUAUUCUUAUGCAAAUAUUUCACAGUCAAAUUAUGUUUUGUGGAUUUAUAGAGUGAAAGGAAGUUAGCACAUCCUCUGCAAAGAACACACUUCUCCACAUUUUAAUUUAGACGUACGGCUUAUUCACUGAAUUUACUGGGAAAAAAAUGAAUAUAUAAUUUAAAAUGCGCCAUGUUUUUCGCUGGUUAGUUACAUUCAGCAAGCAGUUAAACAGUAACUGGGCAUUAAAAUGAGCCAAAGUGUGUUCUCAGUAGAGGAUGUGUUAACUUACCUUUCCCCACCAUCCCCACUUAUUUAUUACAUUUUUUUUGCAUCCAAUGUAUAUAGAUGUAAAUAGAUUUGUUGGGUUUCACUAUAUGUUUACAGGUUGAAGUACUGUAUUCAUAUGUAAAUAUGUAUCUCGGCUUAAUUAAAAGUGUGUCUUACCGUG